UCGCAGACCUGCGGCUAUAGGCAGAACACUGCAGAAGACGACGGCCAUGAAGAAGGCAUCACGAGGUGAACACGGCGGCGGCGGCGGCGGCGGCGGCGGCAGCGGUGCUGCUGGGGUCCGCCAACGGCAUCACGACGGCGUCUCCGGUGGCCAUGCAGCCCUUGGCAGUAGGCACGGGUGCAGGCACCGAGCCGGCCCGGCCCGGACCAGAACAAGCACGGCCCCGAUGUCACGAUAUUGCACGGAACCAACAGAUAUGCAUGUUUUCGGCCCUGCUGGUGCCGCGGCUGAGGCACAUGAGACCGACAAGGGUGCCAGCGCAGUUGGUCGCUCGUGAAGGCAGAGGCCAGACACGGCAAGAGCGCCCGGAGCGAAUGAAGGUAGCCCUGAUGGCAUGACAUCGUAACGACAUGCGUUUUCUAGGCGAAUUGAGCCUGAACUGAAAUCCGCGGCGCGCUGGCUGCGUUGCAAC